AUUCUUCCCUCUCUUUUCUCCACUCCUCUUACUUUCCUUCCCUUUUUUCUCCCCACCCCACACUGCUUCUCCUCUCACCUUCCCUCUAGUUUGUUCUCCCAGAUGUAAAGCACUCUUCCGUACGAGCAAGCUCGUGUAAGUGCACAAGGACAGAGACCAGCACUGGUGUACAGGCUGUGGGGCAACCACAAGGAAAUACACGCAUUCACUCACACGCUCACUUACACACAAACUCCAAAAGGAAACCGCAGUGUAAACACACAAAGACAAAAGAAAAUUGUCAAGAGUCUAGACAGCAGGACGAAACUUCAAAGCGUGGGAGUCGAGAGGAGAGCGAGAAGAGGAGAGAGGCAAGAAAAGAGAGGAGCGAGUGAAGGAGAAGAGCCAUGGCAGCCACUCAGAUCCCAAGCCGGCUAGCUCUGCUUGUCUGUCUGCUGCUGCUCGUCACCGGCACAGAGAGCAAAUGCAGACUCAGGAGGAGAGGACUCAGCCAGAAGGAUUACGAGUACCCAAACCACUCCCAGUCCAAUCAACACCAGAAGAAUGAUCGGUGCCCACCUCCGCCUCAGAUGCUUCCCGAGAGGGCGUGUGAGGUGCCCGUCUGCCGCUCAGACUCAGAAUGUGAGAGACACAAACGCUGCUGUUACAAUGGCUGUAUCUACGCCUGUCUGGAGUCAGUUCAGCCUCCACCUGUGCUGGACUGGUUGGUGCAGCCAAAGCCACGGUGGCUUGGUGGAAACGGCUGGCUCUUAGAUGGACCAGAGGAGGUUCUCCAGGCUGAGGCCUGCAGCACCACAGAGGACGGGGAUGAGCCUUUACAUUGUCCUACUGGAUACGAAUGCCACAUCAUUAACCCUGGAAACCCCUCUGCGGGCAUCCCCAACCGAGGCCAGUGUAUCAAACAACGGGGAAACUCAGAUGGUCGUAGCCUGAGGCACAAGUACUUCAAAGAUCACAAGGAUUAUUUAGGAAGCAACUCCAACAUUGCAGUGGGUUAUGAGAAACAUCACAAGCACUUAGGCUGAAAAGCAGGUGACCUUCAUAGCCCUACAGAAUCUACACAACAAAACAAAACCAGUCAACAUUUCUGCGGAAACUAGAUGUCCUUAUUUCACAGGUCACAAAGCUGUUAUUUGGUGCUUUAUGUUCGAGGUGCUAUAACACGGAAAAAUCAACAUUUCCUACCUCUUCCAAACAGCACACAGAAUCUUAUAACCUGCCAGCUCAACUUCACGACUUUCUCCUAGAAACUCACUGUUUAGUAAAAAUAGUAUUUGUUCUCAUAGUAUUUAAAAUAUUUAAAGUAAGCUAAACCUGAGAAUGUACCAAAGAUACAUGUACCCUUACACACUUUACCAGGCUACGGGACAACCAAAGAAUACGUCUGCACACAGACAUCUCAGGCAUAAUUUUAACAUAACAAAGCCACGUUACAUAGAUUCCUCCAUUGAAAUACUGCAAAUUAAGUCAUUUGGCUCGGGAAUGUUCGGGGAUCCUCUAGGAGGAGCUGUAAUCUGCAGCCAGGGACAGAGAACUUCAGACUCAACUUCUCAUCCUGUUCUCACUUUGAACCUCAGCAGGAAAAGUGGAAAGAAAAUUAAUGAAAAAAAAAUUACAGUUUCCUUAAUUACAACAAAGAAAAAUAUGGGCUAUUAAUCCUGUAUUCAUAAUGCAUUAUAUAGACACAUUUAUAAUGUGUGUAAAGCUUAAAAUAUUCCUCCAACAGCACAUCCUGAAGUGUUUUAUUCCAUUUACACCACAGCAAUUUCAACAAUUACAUUUACUUACUUAUUAAAGAAUGACAUUUAUGUAAUAUUUGUAAUAUAAGUAUUACAAAUAAUACUUAUUUUCCAUUCACAGCUACAUUUAGCUUUGUGGUACUUCUUUGUUCUGUCUCUUGAAGUACAAAAUUAUUUAAAAAAAAAAGCAACUUGUUACCAAGAAACCGCAAAAUUCUACAUUUUAUCUCCUGAAGACUUUCCUGUUGUGGAAAACUUAAAAUUAGAGCUUUAGCUCUGACUGUUACAAAGGGCUGACACUUACAGAUUCCUUCCAAAAAUAUUUAAUAUUUCCUUACAGAAAAGAUCAGAGCUGAUGUUAUAGAAAAUUAACAAAACCUUCAGACCAUUCGAGUGCAACAGUACUGUGGUGUAAGACUUUAUAAAUGCUUCUUGGCAGGUCUAGUUACAUACAUAACAUCUUGCAAAUCAUGAGUACAAGACUUCACAAAACCAUUUAUACAUAACACAUUAUAUCUGUUCAUAAGAACAAUGGAGACAGUAAUGUAGUAACACACUGUAAACACAGGAGCUGUAUUAAAGCAUGCGGUACAGCUGCUAUACUAGAUCCUGUGUUAUAGUGCAUUACAGUGUUCUUAUGAACAAAUUAUAUAAUGCAUUAUGUAACCUGACAUGCUGUGCAUGUAACCAUAAUUACAUAUGUACCUUUGUACAGAUUUAUGUACAAGGAAUGUACAUGUAUGUUGAAAAAUGUUAUAAAUGCAUCUAUAAUACAUUAUGAAUACAGGAGGUAUGAAUACAGAAAUAUGCAGUAUUUUUUUUGCAAUUCCUGUGUAUUGUGAAUAAAAUCUCUUUUUCUGCA